AUGGAGGUGCUCGCUCAAAUUCACUCGGAACGCUUUGAUCUCUCCCGGAUAGCCGCUAGUCCCGUGAACAGGAUACCGUUCAAGAUCGGGCAGCCCAAGAAACAGAUUGUACCCAAGACAGUGGAGAGAGACUUUGAAAGGGAAUAUGGAAAGCUUCAGCAAUUGGAAGAUCAGACCAAAAAACUUCAGAAGGAUAUGAAGAAAAGCACAGAUGCAGACUUGGCCAUGUCCAAGUCGGCUGUCAAAAUCUCUUCAGACCUGCUGUCUAACCCCCUGUGCGAACAGGAGCCCAGCUUUCUGGAGAUGGUCACGGCCUUUGACACGGCGAUGAAGAGGAUGGACUCUUUCAACCAGGAGAAGGUGAAUCAGAUCCAAAAGACAGUCAUAGAGCCUUUGAAAAAGUUCAGCAGCGUGUUCCCCAGCCUGAACAUGGCAGUGAAGAGACGGGAGCAAACGCUGCAGGACUACAAGCGCCUGCAGUCCAAGGUGGAGAAAUACGAGGAGAAGGAGAGGACCGGCCCCGUCCUCGCCAAGCUGCACCAGGCCCGUGAAGAGCUGAGGCCGGUGAAGGAGGACUUUGAAGCCAAAAACAAGCAGCUCCUGGAGGAAAUGCCCAAGUUUUAUAGCAGCCGCAUCGAUUACUUCAAACCCAGCUUUGAGUCGCUGGUCCGGGCGCAGGUGAGAUGCUAAACAGAAAUGCUAAGGCGAGGGGCUGGCUCGGGCGGGGAUCUGACAGCGCAGAUCGACCGGCCUGGUUUGAGUGAUGAGCAGCGGGAGCGGGAGAACGACGCCAAGCUGAGUGAGCUGCGGGCUCUGUCCAUCGUGGCCGAUGACUGAGGACUGAGCGCUGCAGCGGGAUGCCAGUGAUGGGCAAGGGGCUGGGGACCCCCCCUCGGCUCCCGCAGCCAGCCUGCUCCCCACCUCCUCCCUCCCGGGGAUGGACUCAGGGGGCUUUAGCCGCUGGCUGCUCCCUUUGCCUCCAUGGCUCUGCCCUCCUGCCAGGACAAGGUAGUGCCUGGGGCUGGGGUGGGGGACACAGCAGGGCUCCCCCUGCCCCCCCCAGCCAGCCAUUUUCCAAAGGCAGCGUCUGGAUUGUCUCUGCCCCCCCCCGCAGCCAGGCUUUGCCUUAAAUAGGGGUUUGCAGUGGAGCAGGGAAGCAAGUCCUCCAACUCAGCUGAAAGGGAGCGGGCUGGGUGCUGCCGGCCGUUCCCAGGCCCCAGCUCGAUGCUGCACCAUCGCACAGCUGCACGCUGGCCUGAUGCGCCUCGGCACUCCCCACACCCACCCCAGGUUUGGAUCUGGCCCAGGCUCUUUGCCUUUCUGGCAGGAGGACGGGGUCACUCCUGCGGCUGCUGCUGGGCCAUUCAUUUUGUGCCUUAGGAGCGCAGUACCCCCUGCCUGGGGAGGGUAAAAGCAUUUAAAUUCUAUUUUUUGAGGCAUCAGGAGAGGGUGAUGAAAGGGCUGUGCUUCCCAUGCCGAGCAUCAGGUGAUGCCGCGCUCUGAAUCCGCCCCGUUUUAAGCAGG